AAAUUGUGCGCAGCAGGUUAACGAUCCUGUGACAGUUGAGCUUUUGUGAAAAUCCGACACAAUGCCUGAACCUGCGAAAUCAGCUCCCGCUCCCAAAAAGGGGUCUAAAAAAGCUGUCACCAAGACCCAGAAGAAGGGGGAUAAGAAAAGGCGUAAGACCAGAAAAGAGAGUUAUGCCAUUUACGUGUACAAAGUACUGAAACAAGUGCACCCGGACACUGGUAUCUCCUCAAAGGCGAUGGGCAUUAUGAACUCGUUCGUUAACGACAUCUUCGAGCGCAUCGCGGGAGAAGCCUCGCGCCUGGCGCAUUACAACAAGCGCUCCACUAUCACAUCCCGGGAGAUCCAGACGGCCGUGCGCCUGCUCCUGCCGGGAGAGCUGGCCAAACACGCCGUGUCCGAGGGCACAAAGGCCGUGACCAAAUACACCAGCUCCAAGUGAAAGUGUAACGUUACAAACAAGACGGACUGGACUCUAUCCCUAAUGAUGGAAGACGAAACCAUCCACUGUUGUUUGAUAUCCGCACGAGGGACCCUGAUACAUCUUGAGCAAAAGCAGCUCUUGAAGAGCAAACACAGUGAUUUCCAUAUGUAACACCAACAUUCACCUGAGGUGUUCCUGUUAGAUCGUAUUUGCACGGCUGAACACUUGUACUGUACUAUCAUGGCAUAUGGUCGUCAUUUGUGAGCUCAUGUGGCUGUAAACUCAAGUUACUGGAGGAAAACACUGUGGCUUUGGUUUUUAUUCAUUUCUUGUUGACAAAAAUGGCUGUACUGUAUUCAUACUGAAAAAAAAGUCUUAUGCCCGAAUGUGUCUUCAUAAUGAACCUGUCAUUGACCACAAAUAAAUACACUGGUUAAUGGUAACUACAAA